UCACAGUCGGUUGCUGGCUGGUCGAGGUACAGGUGAUGCCGGCAUCGUGCGCGGCACCCUCUUAAUCGCGUUUCGUAGACAACCCUGCAGCGGAUCAGCGUCGAGGGCGUUCGGUGGGCGUCGGGAAGAGGAGAGAAGAGGAGAGGAGAGCGAGUGCGAAACAUUUUUAGAAAACUGCCGUUUCCUACCCUUGACGCGGACCUGUCCGUCAACCGGAGAGUGGAUAUUCGCCUUGUCUAAUUUUCGUGCAACAUGUGAAUUACAGUUGUAAUUACUGUCGCAAUAAUAUUUCACGCAACGCGGACAAUCGCUGGAUAAACAAGUUAUAACAAUGUAAACUACUUGUCGUACGUAAAGUGCGUUGUAAUAGCCAGUGCGUGAUUUUAACCAUAUGUAGUUUUCAAUGUUUGUUAUUUAUUUUCAAUAACGAUGAUUGAGAGAGAGAGAGUAAGAGUUUUUAAUUACUGUUAUCGUUGCAGUAGGUGUGCGAUUUAAUAUUCGUCGUCGCGUGUCGUAAUAUUGCGGGUAAUCGUACGAAAAAUUGCCAUACACUCGCACGCACACACACGUUCUCAUCUGUAAUUGUAAAACACGUCGUUUAAUUGAAAGGUCGAUAAAAUUUGAAGAUAUAUCAUUUUAUUCGGAAGUGUUUAUGUUUCGUAAUUAAUUCGCAAAUCUCGACGUCGUCGAUCUUGUCGUUUUAGACGAAUUUGAUAAAAUAAAAAACAUUGUAUGAAACUUUUCACGAAAAGAACCGAAGCUAAAAAAUAGUGUUCGUGUAGGAGAUCUAUAAAAACUGACUGAUCCAGCGGGAAAACGGAGUAAGAAAAGUAGACGAUACACGGUCGAAUAAUAAUAAUAAUAAUAAUAACAGUUGUGCAUUACAUUCGACUAACUUCGUAUUUGCUUGUUUUUUUCUGUAACAUAUUAUUUUUCACACACGCGAUCUGUGUGGAAAAGUUUCUCGGUUGUAUAAAAGAGAAACCCCGGCUACAGCCGGAGGAAAGAAGUAACUUUUCGAUCAGAGUGAAAAAUAUUGAAUCAAUUUUCGUACGUGAAUGGGAAGCGCGGGCGAAUCCCUCGCCAUUCAGGAGGGAAAAAAUUGAUUUAUAGAAAGGAGAUAAAUAAACUCUUCACUUUACACGUGCCCGGAAAUUCCCGCGUGUAUGAUAAUACCUACGUGUGCGUCUCGUUGACGUUUAUAACAAGUGUACGACACGCGUGUCACGAACAAUAAAGUGCGAGUAAAAAGAGCGGAAAUUAUUUUCAUCAAACGAUAAAAAGAAUCGAAAGCAAAAGAAAAAAAUGUUCGCGACAAUGACUAAUAAUAAACCUUUGCUCGGAUUGAACCCUCCGAAAACCAGUGUCAUUGAAAUUUUAAACAAUGUCUCGAGAUCCGAGAUCGCUGUAAAUAAUAGUGGGUAAGCUAAAUAAUAAUAAUAACAAUAACAAUAAUAGUAACGGUGGAAAUAUUCAAGGACGAAGAAGAAAGGAUCCAAAUUUGCCGAUUCGAUCGAGAAAUAAAUCAGCGAUAAUAAAAGAUUGAAAAAAAUUGGGAACGACCGUCUCCGUUUGAUGAGAGGUGCACGGAGUGAGUUUUAAGAAAAUUCCCGAUCCGCGAUGACGGAGUGGGAUAAGGGUGGUCGGCAGGGUUGGUUGGGUCGGUUCUCUUCGGAGCAGUAAAAGCCGAGUUCUGCAUUGUAAAAAGGAGCUCGUAGGAGAGGAGGAAGAGAAAAAAGGGAAUAAGAGGGACCAAGGAUCGAAGAGCAACGAGGGUGGGGGGAUGGAGAUGACGGCGAACAGAACGCGGAGACCUUCGUGGGCUCGGGAAUCGAAAAUCUCGUGAUUUCUUUGGGGGCGUUGGACGAGAUAGAGGCGAAUCGGGAAAAGAGCGGAAGGCGAAGGGCGGCGGGCCGAGACAGCAUGGAGCCGAAGGUGUUGUCGUCGCCCGCUAGCAACCUGGCCGCGAGGAUUAACGCAACAGUUCGCAGCAUCGCGCGUCACUACGACGCACAGCCUCCUAGGUCGAGCAACAGGUUCGACGAUCCUCGGGCGAGAGGAGCAAACGAGACCGGCGACGUCCUCGGGGAGCCCGAUAAGGAGGGCCACAGGACGAACCUGACCUCGCAAAUCGGGGAUAACGCCGACCUGAGCGUCGACUUCGGGGCCGGUUUCGGAGGGCUCUUAAACGACUCGACGACGCCGGCUCCGCCCGCCUCUUCGACGUCAGUGUCGACUUCCGGCAACGAGAGCUACGCGUCGAUAUCGGACCUCUUCGUCUUCGACGACAUAAGCGACUACAUUAACCGACUGAACUACACGGCCUUCUCGAACCUGACGUCCUACUACGAGGGGACCAACCUUAACCUCACCGCCGGUGGAAACGGAAGCUGCACUUCGGUAAUUUCCACCGGAACAGGCCGCGUCGAGUGCGUCGAAUCCGACGUCGAUAAGUCGAACGUCAACAAUUGGUGGGCCCUGAUUUUGGUCGUCGUUCCCUGCCUCACCCUGUUCGGCAACGUCCUCGUCAUACUGGCAGUUUUUCGCGAACGCGCCCUGCAGACCGUCACCAACUACUUCAUCGUCAGUCUCGCCCUCGCCGACCUCCUCGUCGCCGUUCUGGUCAUGCCGUUUGCGGUCUACGUUCUGGUAAACGGCGCGUGGACCCUGCCAGCCUUUGUUUGCGACUGCUACAUCGCGAUGGACGUAACCUGCAGCACGAGCUCGAUCUUCAAUCUAGUCGCGAUAUCGGUAGACAGGUACAUAGCCGUAACGAAGCCGAUAAAAUACGCCAAGCACAAGAACAACAGGAGGGUGUGGAUGACGAUAGUGCUGGUAUGGGCGAUAUCGAUAACCAUAGGAAGCCCGAUAGUCUUGGGCCUGAACAACACGCCGGACAGGAUACCGGACCUCUGUCUCUUCUACAACACCGACUUCAUCAUCUACUCGAGCCUCACGAGCUUCUACAUACCCUGCAUCAUCAUGGUCUUUCUCUACUACAACAUAUUCAAGGCGCUUAGAAACAGAGCCAAGAAAGCUCGGGCGGCCAGAAAACCAAAUUUGGGUGACAUCAAGCCGGGGAGCAUAAUAGAGAACAUCGCUCAUACGAGAAGGUUUGCAGAGACGGCGUUGGGAGCUGCAGCCCUCGUUGCACCCGGGCUUGAAGAAGCUACGAACACCGCUUCGGGGAGCAACGAGGACGAGGACGAAAACGAAACGCCCUUGGAGCCCGGGGUCGUUAUAUCGAACGAUAAGAGCACCGAGUUCAUACUGGCCACCGUUGUCGAGGAGGCUGCUUCCCGGUUCAGUAUGAUAGCCCAGACCCAGCUGACCGGGGGACCAAAUGGAACCAGGGCGACGGAUUCGUCUUACGAGCCGGUGAGCAGCGCGAUCCACGAAGGACUCGAGACGAAUUCGAGUCCGAAUUUGAAGGUGGCGUCGGCCUCGUCGUCGUCCUCGUCGCCACCGCCGCCCAGGACGAUGUCCGUAACGCAGGGGAGGAGAAACGGAAGUAACAACAAGCAGGAGCUGAAGAGGUUGAGGAGCACCCCGUCCAUGCUGCACCUUCAACUCGGACGAACCCCGAGCGUUUUGGGGGGCAUGACAGUGAAAAAGGAGAGGAAAAAUGCGUCGGCUGGCUCGAGGUUCACGAUAUACAAGGCGAACAAGGCGAGCAAGAAGAAACGGGAGAAAAGCUCGGCGAAGAAGGAACGGAAGGCUACGAAAACCCUCGCCAUAGUACUCGGGGUCUUCCUGAUAUGCUGGGUUCCCUUCUUCACGUGCAACGUGAUGGAUGCCGUAUGCGUGAAGCUCGCAAUCGCCUGCGAACCUGGAAUAACAGCAUUCAUCGUCACGUCCUGGCUUGGCUACAUGAACAGCUUCGUCAACCCCGUUAUAUACACGGUAUUCAACCCCGAGUUUCGAAAAGCGUUCAAAAAACUGAUCAGCGUGUGAGUAGUUUGUACGUGACACGAAAAACGAUCAGCAUUCGACCGUGUUUAAUUCACUGUAAAAAAAUGUCUUCUGAUAAUUCUGUUUUGCUUUUUCUUAUCUCCAUCUAUAGGUAUACGUUUGUUUCCCGCUUCAAAUUAUUACUUCAUUUAUCAAUUUCCAUAUCGAUCCAAGCGCUCGAUAAAUCGGACCUUAUUAUAUUAUAGCAUUUCAAGGUGCGACUUUUGAUUACGUGAAAAUAUGUACAUACAUAUAUACAUAUACGUAUAUAUAAACACAAUAAUAAUAAAUCACGAAGGAUACCAAGUAUCGCUUUUGAAGAAUGUUACUUUGAUAAGGGUAUAUACUAUAGACAUAAUAAUUCGGGAUGGCAGUGGCUGAAGCGUCUGCAGUCUUGCUGUAAAAUAAAUAGAAAAGAACUAUUUAUUUAAAUAUUGUUAUAGAAAACUAUUAGCCGUGAGAGAAGCAUAUAUGUAUAACAGGUGAAUAAAGUAUGUAUACCGUUUCAGUAUUAACUUAGAUAAGGAUACGGAUAUUAUAAUGCGUAUGUAAGUUAUAUGUAUGCAUAAACGUACAAGUUCAUAUAAAAAAUUGCAAUAUUUUUUCGCUCAAUUACACCGAACGUUCGGGGUUGAAUCCAUCUACAUAUACUUAUACCGAUAUUCGAUACUAAUAAUUUUCCGGGUAUAUGUAAAUAAAUAUAUAUCGCGACGUGAAAUUGUCAAAGUGGCAACACUGAUCUCUUAGAAAAAAGAAGAAUAAUAAAUAAAUGAAUAAAAAAAAAAAAAACACCUCGAAUUCACAAAUUGAUUUUCUCACGACUCGUAACAAAUAAUAUAUGAAAGAAAUUUCGUCGAACCGAAUUCCGAAUUUCAAAACAUAUCAGCAAUUUUUCAUCACUUUUAACAUCACCGCCGUGUCAAAGUAAUAUAUAUUAUGCUUCAAGACGCGAAAGUAUAUAUAUAUAUACCUAUAUUAUCGUAAUAAAGAAAACUACGCUAAACGUUAAUAGAGGUGGGAGGCAAGGGGAGAUUAGGUUGUAGCCAGAGUUCAACGCGAUGACUAUUAUAUGGCUAUAACAAAUUCCAAGUCGUCGAAUUAAUUAUAUGGUAAACGAAUGAAAGCUGUCGCAAUAAUAUAUUAACAAUCAAAGCUUUUUACCGUAUUAUUCUUAGUCGUAUGGAUAAAUAAGUAAAAUCAAUAAAUGAACGAGUAAAUAAAUAAGCAAGUGAAUAAAUGUAAGUAGGUAAUACGUUAAGAAAAUCGUAGCGUCGUUAAGAGAUGUAAAUUUGUAAAUAUAAAGUUAAUAGAUACAAAUAUAUCUAUACGUAUACCUACGUACAAGAUUUCUCGUUACGUAUCGAUACUUAUCGACUAUCUAAUCGCGGUGGAUGUAUAAGAUUUGUUUCUUACUAUGUAUACCUGUUAGGAAGUUUUGAAAUUUUAAACAGUACCUGUACAUACACAUAGGCGUUGAAAAGCAGGGAAACUCUACAUUUAGUAUAUAUUUACAUGAGAUAAUACGAGUACGUAUAAUUAAAAGUAUUAUACCGUACCGCCACCUUGUUCCAGACAUUGCUUAAUUGCUUUCGGUGUUGAAUGUUACAACAGGCAAACAUAAUAUGAGAACACGGACAGAAAAUUAAUACAACAAAUUGCAAUUAAAACUUUCGGAUUAAAAACCAAGAGAGAAGAAACGAUUAACCGUC